AUGGACGCGAAUCUCCGCAGCUUGCGUGAGAAACUGGGAGGUGAUGAGACAAAGAUCAGCGACUAUUUUCGUGACACAUUGGAGGAUCGCCACAUUCAUGGUGUAGAAAACAUGGCAGAAUCGGCUUCGUUCCCUCGGACCACCAAUGUGUGGCAACAGGAAAUUGACGAGAUUGUCAAUAAUGCCGAUUAA